AUAAGACACUAACAAUCAAGCAUGAAGAGAAAACAAGGUAAUAAGGCUCGUUCAUCAUCUUGCAUUUGUCUUUGUUAAUCAUUCUGUCAAUUUUUUUUUUGUUAUUCUAAGUGAGACAUGCAACUUACUUACGAAUGCUAAUUGUCUAAGCAACAGAAGUUCUAAAUUAACAGUUUUUGGCCAGGUUUGAAUGCAAGGUUUCCGAAUUGCCUGUUUUUUAUACUGAAUGUUUUUGGUAGACUAUAUAUUGGACAUAAUCUAUGUUUGUUUCAGAUAUGCUAGCAGUUGUGCAAUUUGAUCAAUGCCAUGAUCGACGAUUCACUUGGCAGUUGCAAUUCAUUUCAAUGCUAUACUAUUGGAUUCGGAUUUUCCAAUGUGUGUCUUUAUGAGCGCACAAAUUUUAUUAUGCUCUAAUCUCACAAAUAAUAAUGAUUAGCUAUCAUGCCCAAAAAUUUCUAAUAAUCAAUUUUCCAUCCAACUAAAAACUACCUAACUAAAAAUUAAUUGUUAGUCGGACACACCAAAAAACUUAGAUUUCAAAUAUUGUUUUUGAAUUCUACUGCUUAACAUAUAUUAAUGCCGUUAUGUAUGACUUAUUUGAAUUAUUUGACUAACUUAAAAAAUAUUUAUUAUUUAUAAAUGAAAAAUUAAUUACAAGUAAUAAGUAGUUUUUAUUUUAAAUAUGUGGAUAAUUUCUUGGUGUUUGCAAUUUAUUAGGUGUAAAUUAUAAGAAAUAUUCUCUGUUCUUAAAUAUUUUGUUUUGAUUUCUUUACAUUUAUAUAUAGAAGUAUAUUCACUACAGAGUAGAUAUAAAUAUUUUUUUUGAAUGAAAAUAUUAUCAAUAAUUUUAUUAAAAAUAAUUUCAAAAUAAUAUUUUUAAUUAAGGCUCAAAACACAUAAUAAGAAGUUAAAAGUCAAAAAUUAAAAAUCAAAAUAAUAAUUUUUAAAAAUUAUGAAAUUUAUUGCACUGGAACGUCAUUAAUUAAUUAGUUAAUUAACUAGAAAAAUCCUACUAUAAAAUCUCUGUCCCCUUUUCACUCUCAAAGCAGAAGAAGAAGGAAAUAUAUGAUGAUGUCGAAGCUCCGUCCUUCCCGUUGUGAUGGCAGCUGGUCAUCUACUUCCAGCAGUGCACCUCACCAAUCACAAAUGCUCAAUGUGACCCCCUACCUGACCGAAGAUCUGCUUUCUCAAAUUUUGGAUCGCCUUCCGGUGAAGACUCUAUUGCAAUGUAGAUGUGUAUGUAAACCAUGGUGUUCUCUCAUCGAUAGUCCGUGUUUUGUCAAAGCACAUCUCAAGAGAUCCAAUGAAUGCAAUGCUGAUACUAGUCUUCUUAUUAGAGGUUUUGUUAUCUGUUCGGUGGAUUUUGAGGAUCAAUAUAAUGCUACUGCUAAAGAAAUUGAUGAACCGUUGAAAUCUCUUCUCUAUGGUACUGGACUUGUGGGUACAUGUGAUGGCUUACUCUGCUUGUAUAAUCAGAAGCCAGACAUUUUCUUAUGGAACCCGGCAACAAGAAAGUGCAAAAAGUUGCCUGCGGCGCCAACUGGUUUCCGUUGUCCUUUUGACUACGACCGGUCUUCACAGUUGUGUGGCUUUGGGUAUGAUGUUGUUAAUGAUGACUACAAGGUUCUGAGAAUGUUUCAGCCUGGUGGUAGUGAUUUGUCUGGCUCGAAGGUCACAAUAUACGGUUUAAAAACUAACUCAUGGAAACGGCUUGAAAAUAUUCCUAGUCACUUCGAGCUUAUCGAAGCAUGGGGGGUGUUUAUGUGUGGAGCUCUGCACUGGGUUACAUUCAAGACUCUAGAAAGCUGUUUUGUAAUUCUUGCUUUUGAUCUUGGGGUUGAAACUUACAGGGAGGUUCCAUUCCCUAAUCUCGAGAAUAAGAAUCCUGAUCAGUUUACUCUAACUAUCUUUGAGGAAUCCCUUUGCAUGCUUUACUAUGACCCUUUUAUUCAUAUUGAUCUAUGGGUGAUGAAUGACUACGGGAUUGGAAAUUCGUGGUGCAAGCUAUUUACACUGGAACACCCAAAAGUAAUAAGAUCUGGUAUGGAUGUUAGGCCAAUCGUUUAUUCAAAGAGCCGGAGGGAUGUUCUUUGGGAAUCGGACAACAAGGUGAUAUGGUAUAACCUUGAAAAUAAGAAAGUGAAGACCCUUAAGAUUGCUAAUCUCCCAGACGAGUUUAAUUUAAGUGUGUACAAGGAGAGUCUUGUUUCACCCGAGUUUGGUUUUAGUUGUGAUGGGCAGCAUCUACCGAAGCAACAUGAAAAGAAGAAGAAACAGCGACAAGCGCAAAAGAAGAGGGACAAUUUCCUUGCAAAGGGAUUCAAGCUGGUGUUAUGAGACAGAACUGCACGCGUAAUUAGGAAGUUAGAGAUAAUUAAAGAAGGUUUCUGAAUGUUUUGCACAGAGGAGACAAUAUGCCGGGAAGAUGAAAAUGGUGCUGGAAUUGCCCAUCUUAGAUUACAAAUGUUUUUGGUGAACUACCUAAGCAUGAAUAACAUUUUCACUAUAUUAUCUCUGCAUCUCUAUUUUUGAAAUGCUGGCAGUUGCGGUAGUUCAUGUAAUCAGAAUUAUGCAAGUUUUUAAGAAAAAUAUG